AUGGUAGACGAGUAUUACCAUAAGUUCAUGGAAUACCUCAAGUAUCCUGAUGAUAAGCACAUCGAAAGUGAUCGUUACAGCACGCUAGAGCAGAUGUAUAAACGGGCGGCUCAAAUAGGGAACAUUUCGAGGAAAGAGAAGGAGAAGGAAAAAAAUAUCACUGAAAAGAGAAGGGAGAUAGAGGUGAAGCGAGGGUUUCUAAGCCCUUACUUGAUAGGGAUGGGGAAAGGAGAUCGUCAGCCGGGAGGUCAGGUUCGACCGAAAAAUCAUAACAACCUUGGAAGACAAGAUAAUCAACAGUUCGGGGGAGGCAGUCAUAGUAACGGGGGUCAAGGUCAAACGGAAGGGAACCGAAACGAGAAUUCUGGGUUACAACGUGCGGGAAAUCGGCACGCGGGGACGAAUGUACAAACAGCUGGUGGGCGAGUAUCUGCAAUCAGUUCAAGGGAGGCUGAGAAAGUAGCGGAUGUGGUUACAAGUACAUUCAUCAUUCAUUCUAUAGCUGUAAAUGUGUUGUUUGAUUCGGGUGCAACUUGUUCUUUCAUCGCAAAAAGUAGAGUAGAAGAGUUAAAUUUAGAAACUUUUAAAAGAGUGCCAUAUACUGUGGCUAUUCCAUCUGGGAAAUUUUAUAGAUGUGAUAGACUUUAUAAGGGCGUACCCUUGAAAAUUGGGAGAGUUAUUUUCCCUAGUGACUUGUUUGUGCUGGAUAUUGAAGGUUUAGAUGUGAUCUUGGGGAUGGAUUGGUUGGGAAAAUACAAGGCUACAAUUGAAUGUAGGGAACAGAGAGUGUUAUUGGUGGGAUCUCUUGGAGAAAGUGUUAGUUAUAGGAAGUAUUCCAAGGGACCUAAAUCAAAUCUGGAGGGGAAAAACGAAGUAAACCCUUACGACAUCACAGUCGUGAGGGAGUUCGUGGACGUAUUUUCUGAAGAGAUUCCCGGCAUGCCACCUCAAUGGGAAAUUGAUUCCACGAUUGACUUGGUGCCUGGAAUGGGGCCAAUUUUGAAGGCCCCGUAUCGCAUGGACCCAAAGGAGAUGGAGGAACUAAAGUCUCAACUUAAAAAAUUAUUGGAAAAAGGGGUCUCGUUACCCCGAAUACAUGAUUUGUUCGACCAGUUAAGGGGAGCUGGGAUCUUCUCAAAGAUAGAUUUUAGGUCGGGUUAUCACCAGUUGAGAAUCACGGAGGGAGAUAUCCAUAAAAAGGCUUUUAAGACACGGUACGGGCACUUCGAAUUCACCAUAAUGCCUUUUGGGUUAACAAAUGCCCCAGCAGGCAUUUAUGUGUAUGAUGAAUCAGAUGUUUAUUGCAUAUUUGGAUAUACUCUUCGAGAACAUAAAUUGUAUGCGAAGUUGUCAAAAUGUGAAUUUUGGUUGGAGAAGGUGUCGUUUUUAGGUCACUUCGUGUCUAAGGAGGGGGUUUUAGUGGAUCCAGCAAAGAUAGAGAUGGUGCGGAGUUGGACGUCACCGAAGAAUGUCAUAGAGGUACGUAGUUUCUUGGUUUUGGCAGGGUACUAUCGGCGGUUCGCCAAAGACUUUUUACGUAUUGCUCGACCGAUGGCUUCGCUGAUGAAGAAGGAGAAGAAGUUUGCGUGGUCUGAUGAUGUGAACAGGCCUUUGUCACCUUGA